GGUUCAGCGGAUGGGAGCGGAAGUGGAAACUCUUGUCUUCCUCUCUUCUCUUCCCGUCCCACCGUCCCCCGUUUGCAUACAUACAACCACACCGACGGACUGAAGCUGGCAGGAUGAGACUCUAGCGCUUCAACUUUUUCACUACGGCGUUCUUUUAACUUUCGCCAAGGUGCUGCAGUAGGACUGUCUUCAACAACCAGCCCCUUUGCACAGCAAUGGAUCACAGUGGAGCUCGUGAAGAACCUGGACUAAGCAGAGGUCCCUCCUCUGGAACACCCAUGGCUGCAAAGGGACAAGCAGCACAGAUCGGUCAAAGACCCAAACUAAAGAUAACUCCUUUCCACAGCUCACCCAUAGCAAGCAGUGAUGGCACUCUCCGCAGCAAACAACCAGGGGCAGCUUCUGGUAAACCGCUGGCAUUUUCAGGCAGCCCUUUUCUGGACACACUUGGUAGGCUGACUGCUCCACCUGUCAGAGGGAGGCCUGCUCCUGCUGCUCCUGCUGCUCCUGCUGCUCCUGCUGCUGCUGCUGCUGCUGCUGCUGCUGGGAGCUCAGAGGGACACACUCCCAGUUUAGGCUUUGCACAAACCACAACAGGAGAAAAAGCACAGCCUGCUGGCUGGAAGGCACCAAAGUCAGACACAGAGCUUCACACACGGAAAGGCAAAGAGCGGAGAGUUGUCUCGACUUCUAUCAAACCUCAGUCCGCUGUUAAGAGGAAGAAGAGGAAGAUGGGGAUGUAUAACCUGGUCCCCAAGAAGAAGACCAAGACCCUUAAACAGCACGAGAAGGUGGCAGGUGCCAGUGUGGAGAAGAACAAAGAUGCAGCCGAUGAAAAACCACUGAUUUCACCAGAGACUCUGAAUGCUGGAGAACCAAGAGCCGUCAAGAAUGAAACCUUGAUGGAGGUGGAACGUGGAGAAGACUGUCGUGUUGAAUACACAGAGCUGGCUUUGGAUUGUCUGAAUCUGAAAGCUCAGGAAGAGCUGCUCUCCCCUCCUCUGUCAGGUCUAGCAGCGGAUGCUGAGGUGACAGAAACGGACCUGGCUGAGGAAUUACCUCUGUGCUGUUGCCGUAUGGAGACUCCUUACAGUGGAGGCAGCCUGUCCACCAUGGACCAGACCUGCAUGGCCAUGGAGAGCAAGGAUGGAAUGCUGAGUCGUUGCCAGAGGCGGGUGUUGAAGCAGGAAAUGAUGCGACCCUCCAACACGGUUCAUCUGUUGGUUCUGUGUGAAGACCACCGAGCCGGCAUGGUCAAGCACCACUGCUGCCCUGGCUGUGGACUCUUCUGCAGGGCGGGCACCUUCAUGGAGUGCAGGCCGUAUGGCAGCAUCUCCCACCGCUUUCACCGCGACUGUGCCUCCAUCUUGAAGGAUCUCAGGUUUUGCCCACAUUGCGGAGAGGAUGCCAGUGGGGCGAGGGAGGUCACUGUGUCCAAGGUUGAUGGGUCUCCCUCUGUGCCCAGAUCAAACCCUGGGCCAUCACUUCCAACUGUGCUCACUGUGGCCACCCUUCCAUCAGUACCAACCAUGCCUGCUGUUCCACAGAUACUUAGAGCAAAGAAGACCAGUGAACCCCAGAGGAGCAGAGAAGAAAGCCACAGCAGGUUAAAGGGCGGGGCUGUGUGUAUUGCAGAUAGACCACCUAAAGAGUCACUGGAGAGCAUCCUGAUGGCACUGGAUGAUGAGAACCUGAAACCAACGAAACUGAAGUACCCGACCAGACAGCUGUACAUCUCUGCAAAACAAGGAGAGCUCCAGAAGGUCAUUCAUCUCCUAGUUGAUGGAAAGGACCCCAACUUUUUGAUGGAGGGCCAAAACAAAGGCACCCCUCUUCAUGCAGCAGCUGCUGAGGGUCACCAGGAGAUCUGCCACAUGCUGGUUCAGGCUGGAGCCAACCUGGACAUGUUUGAUGAGGAGCAGAAAACACCGCUGAUGCUGGCCUGUGAAAACAACCAUCUAGACACUGUGAAGUACCUGCUGAGAGCUGGAGCAGCUGUCAGCCACAAGGAUGUCAUGGGUUUCACCUGUCUGCAUCUGGCAGCUAAACUGGGACAUUACGAUGUAGUCCAGCACCUGCUCUCCAAGGCAUCCAAACACAUCAACUGUCAGGAUGAUGGUGGAUGGACUCCAAUCACCUGGGCCAUUGAGUUCAAGCACAAGGAGCUGGUCGACCUGCUGCUGGCCAGAGGGGCUGAUGCUAACAUCAGAGAUAAGGAAGAGAACGUCUGCCUUCACUGGGCGGCUCUUUCAGGAUGUGACGACAUCACCCAGGCUCUGCUGGAGGCUCGGUGUGACCUCAACGCUGUCAAUGUUCAUGGUGACUCAGUGCUUCAUGUUGCUGCAAGAGAGAACCACCUGGAGUGUGUGAUGUUGUUUCUGUCUCGUGGAGCUGACGUGAAUCAGAAGAACAAGGAGGGAGAGACAGCUCUGGACUGCUGCACGCAUGGCUCUAAAGUGUGGACGGCCCUCAACACCAACAAGAAGCUGACUGAUGCCAGGAGAGGCAGGGACUGUCAUGGGGAGAGAGUGCUCAGCAGGGACAUUUCACGGGGGUAUGAGGCAGUUCCUAUUUCCUGUGUUAAUGGUGUGGACAGCGAGCCGUGCCCUGAAAACUUUAAAUAUAUUCCUGACAACUGUGUCACCUCCCCACUGAACAUAGACAAGGACAUCACUCAUUUACAGCACUGCAGCUGUACAGACGACUGCUCAUCCAGUACCUGCAUGUGUGGUCAGCUCAGUCUACGAUGUUGGUAUGACAGUGAGGGUCGACUACCACUUGACUUCUGUCAGAGGGAGCCCCCAGUGCUGUUUGAGUGUAACCAUGCAUGCUCCUGCUGGAGGACCUGCAGGAAUCGCGUGGUCCAGAAUGGACUGAGAGCUUAAAGCAAAUCAUUAGUCGUGGUUCCUUUAGGGGGAAGAGUGGCCACCGGGAAAGUCUCAGGCCACACCCUCUCAAAAGUCCGCUCACUCUGCGUGUCUCCACUACAAAAAGGCCCCCGGAGGGAUUUACGAGCCACCGGAGGUGACGUGUGGUUUUCGUUCAUCACGACAGAUUAAACACGGGAGAUGCAACUGUGGCCGCCGUCGCUAACUGUGCACAACAUCAGCAGCUGAUCAUAAACAAAGCAGCAUGGCUAAUUAUGCACAGCGUCUCCGCUGAUCAUAAACAUAGUGAUUGUGCACAGUUAGCGAUGCCGGUUAAUUCACGGAGUGUCCAGUGCUUCUUGUAAACAAACAGAUCGCUAAGUGAACUCCUCCUGCAGCAGCUAACAGUUAGCCUAUUAGCAAUUUGCUGACUGGACGCUAAGGGGUUAACAUCCCCUCUCCGACUCUGUGACUGCAGCUGGGAAAGACUGCUGCAGGGAGACUGUGCAGCUUCUACUCGUUCUUGCUCUUCUUAACAAGCCGCUGGCCCCUGUGGCUCAUUAAGAAGAGUAAGAAGGAGUCUCCAAUAACACCAAAAAAAGUCGCUGGAUUUGUCGCCAGUCGCCAGGGGGUCUGAAAAGUCGCUAAAUAUAGCAACAAAGUCGCAGGCUUUUUUCAAGGGAGAAAAACGGCCCUUCUCUUCAACAGGGACUAAAAAAGUCCAGUCAAAAGACCGCUCAGGACGGCUCAUAUCCAAAUUAAGGGCGUUUCGGUGAGUGAGACCCGUCUCGUUCCGGGUAUUGGGCUGUAGUGGAAACACCCUUAUUGGCCACAUACUGUAUAUGCAUCACAGUUGAACAGCACAGGAUCAGAAAAAGGGCUUUAUUCAUGUAGCACAAAAACACAGUGGUAAAUGGACUACAUUUAUAUUGCACUUUUUCGUAGUCUUUGUGACCAACUAAGCGCUUUACAACACAAGUGACAGUUGGUGUUUUGCUCUCUGUGUACUGUACUUGACUUGAGCAUAGAGGUGAUGUGCAAACAACAUUGUUGGCAGUGGGUUUAUUCCAGGCCUGAGGAAACGUGACCUCAUUUCCUCUUCCAGGAAGCUGUUGAAACCAUGUUUUCUUGAAUAAAAUCAAUGUAAUUUUGUCUUAAUGUGUCAGCUACUGGAUGGGA